AUGCUAGUUUUGACAGAAUUUGAUUUGCAAUAUGUCGCAGCCAAAGCUGUGAAAGGUCAGGUUAUUGCAGAUUUUCUUGUUGAUAAUUCGAAUAAUCUGAAUGACCAGGGGGCAAAUGUACUCGACAUUAAAGUCGAUUAUUGGAAGUUGUAUUUUGAUGGAUCGAAGCACAAAGAUGGUGCAGGGGUUGGAAUUCUUAUGAUCUCGCCAGAAGGGAUUCCAUCAGAAUUCUUGUUUGAACUAAAAUAUCCUUGUUUGAAUAAUAUGGCAGAGUAUGAAACUUUAAUUUUGGGUCUAGAAAUAUUGAUCGAUAAGGGAGCUUUGGAAGUCCAAAUCCUAGGGGACUCUCAGUUAGUCCUAAAACAGUUAUCGAAGGAGUUUAAAUGCAAUAAUGAGACACUGCAAAAAUAUUUAGCAACAGCUUGGGAGUUGUUGACUUCGUUUCGAAAAGUUUCCUUGGUUCAUAUUCCAAGAAUUCAUAAUGAGAUUGCUAAUGAGUUAGCCCAAAUUGUUUCGAGAUAUAGAAUCGGUCCAGAAACUUUAAGGAAAUUAGCUAGUAUCCAUCAAAUUUUAGUGCCUGCGGAUGAAAGGGAGGCUUUGUGUAUAGGCGAGUGGGAGGAUAAUAAUUAG